AGAGGGUAGGAAAGAAGGAGCAAGCAAUUGUCACAACACAGCCACGUGUAGGCACAUACGAAAGCUCACGCACAGGCACGCGCGCACGCACGCACGUACGUACACAAAGCCAAAAGUUACGAUUGGCCCUACAAGCCACGAGGCACCGAGAGCCGACGAGAUAAGGGAGCGAAGAUGUCGUCCUCGCAAAACAGGAGGCAGUUUAUGCAGCCAUGGCCCCUCUGCUUGAUGUCCUUUGGCAAGUCCAAGGAUCGAGUCAUCUUGCCAAAGUAUUACACACGAGUUCCGUCAAUUGUCCGCUCGUCAACAGCGAGCUCAAGUUUGGUACAGGACUGCGCCUCGAACGCGACUCUCCUCACCAACGUCAGCCCUUUUAAUAGUCAGGCCGCCCUAUUAUCGGACAAACGAACCUCGAACUCUAAGCAACAGAUUAAACAGCAGCAGCAGCAGCAACAACAACAACAACAACAGCAAAAACAGCAACAGACGGAAUUAAAAACUAACCAGCAACAUUAUUAUGCCGAUAACUUGCGUAACAAUCAUCAUAGGACAUUGAACGGCUCACAGAUCUAUGAUCCGUUGCGUAAGGACCGCGAGGUGGACUACAAACAACUUGAUUCGCUCUUGAAGAAGGCUGACCAGAUAUCCGAUACUCGGAUCCUCAUGGAUUCACAGGAUUUCAAAAAGUCCGAAGCGGUUGUCAGGAUGACCGUUUCACAAUUUGAGAAGGAAAAGAACAAGAAUAACUCCUACCUCACUCAAGUGUUGGCAGCUUUUUCCGUAUCCCUCGGUUCAAUGAUUGUUGGCUUUGCAUCGUCGUACACAUCACCUGCUCUCAAUACUAUGAAAAAUUCCAGCAUUACGACUCAAUUUGUAGUAACACCGAAUAUCGGAUCGUGGAUUGGCUCGAUUAUGCCACUUAGUGCUUUAUUUGGUGGAAUCGCUGGAGGUCCUUUAAUCGAGUACCUUGGGAGAAGAAAUACCAUUCUUUUUACGGCGUUCCCAUUUUUUUUUGCCUGGCUGUUAAUUGGUUUUGCCUACAAUGUCUCCAUGGUUUUAAUUGGGCGAGCAUUAAGUGGUUUUUGCGUGGGAAUCGCUUCCCUUUCGCUACCAGUUUAUCUUGGCGAAACAAUUCAACCAGAAGUUCGAGGUUCAUUGGGAUUGUUGCCCACUGCUUUUGGUAACAUUGGGAUUUUACUGUGUUUCACCGUUGGGAUGUAUUUGAACUGGUGGCAAUUGGCUUUAUUCGGCGCCAUAUUGCCGGUACCAUUUGCACUUUUGAUGAUUACCAUUCCCGAAACUCCACGCUGGUUCAUUUCCAAGGGCAAAACAAAACGCGCUCGCAAGUCCUUGCAAUGGCUACGUGGAAAAGACGCCGACAUAUUUGACGAGCUCACGACUAUUGAAAAAAUACACGUGGAGAGCGAAAGACAAGCUUCACAAGGCGCUUUAUCCGAGCUGUUUAAGGGUAGCAAUUUCAAGCCACUUUUGAUUUCGCUUGGGCUUAUGUUUUUUCAACAGAUGUCGGGCAUCAAUGCCGUUAUUUUCUACACGGUACAAAUUUUUGAGGAUGCAGGGAACACUAUCGACUCGAAUCUUAGUACAAUUAUCGUCGGCAUCGUUAACUUCGGUUCUACGUUUGUAGCGACAGCAUUAAUCGAUCGUCUCGGCCGUAAAAUGCUCCUGUAUAUGAGCAGCGUUAGCAUGAUAGUAUCUUUAAUAACUCUCGGUAGCUUCUUUUACAUGAAGAAAAACAGUGUUGACGUAACGUCAUUCGGUUGGCUUCCACUCACGAGCUUUGUCGUUUAUGUCAUUGGUUUUUCCCUUGGAUUCGGCCCGAUCCCUUGGCUCAUGAUGGGCGAAAUUCUACCAACUAAGAUCCGAGGCAGUGCUGCAAGCGUAGCAACAAGUUUCAAUUGGUCCUGUACAUUUAUUGUCACAAAAACCUUCCAGGAUAUUUUGACCAUUAUAAAUCAACACGGCACUUUCUGGCUUUUUGCUGUAAUUUGCAUUAUUGGUCUUAUAUUUGUUAUCUGUUGCGUGCCAGAGACGAGUGGCAGAUCGCUUGAAGAAAUCGAACGUGGAUUAACUGGACCUGUGAGGAGAAUGAGCGCAGUUGCGAAUAUGAAGCCUACGCCUAUGGCUUGUUAAAGGAUAUAACUUACUAUUUGAGUCAUCGAAACUUGUCGAGAAUAUGAGCAUACUAUGAGGAGGAUGUUUUAUUAGAAAAAUAUUUUAUUAGAAGGGAUACCUCGGUUGUUGCCACCCGGGUGUCAAACGGCCAAUGUUUUCAUAGUUCCAAUGUUAGUUCUAUAAGGAUUUGCGAAUUGAAGACACGAGAUUGAAAGUUUAGAACUUU